AUGAGGAAACUGGUAUUCUAUCCGGAAAUCGUUGGCUUCAUUGAAGAAGAGAAGGAUCGGUUUCCUUCGGUCAAAGUUCAAUACAUUUUCAACUCUCCACCAAAGUUGAUCUUGCUAGAUGAUGCAGAUGAACACAAGGAAACAAUAAGGAUUGACAAUUGGAAGCGUGAACAUAUACUGCAGUUUCUGCAAGGGAAGGGGUCGGGGGCAACUUUGCUCAAACUUAAUUGGAAUGCUUGCAUCGCUUAA